AUGAGCUGGAGAAUUGGGAUUCUCUGGAUCUGCUAUCUGGGCAGUCAUUACACUGGGUGCGGCACUGAGACUCCGCUGGAAAGCCUUCCUCUCACUGAGACAGUGGGAGAGCGCCCGACACCGGCGCGUACGGCGGAAACGGACAACUGCCCGGACAGUCCUGCGAGGAUUCGUCUCGGGAACGUACAGGCCUGGACAGAUCGCUCUGGUCCAGGCUUGCCAAGUGCUCGAGACCCACCACAGCCGCAGCGGCCUGCCACAGCGUGCAAGGGCCCUACUGGCAACAAUGGCCAACAACGGCGCGUGGCGAUGUACUACCUGCAGACAAGCAGUCAAGGCAUCUUUCGCGUACUGCCCUGGAUGUGGGCAGCACUGGCAGCGUGUGGCAGAGAGUUACCAUGCGCAGAGUUCACAGGCGCCGUGGCCGGGUGCAGAGGACUGGCGACCCCAGUCCCCACGCCGGCGCUCCAAUGCCCCCAAAUCACCGCGUCGACGAGGUGGGGGAGCUCAUCAACAGCCGGGACAGCCCAAGGGUGCCGGCAAAGGACAGCCUUCUGGUGCAAAAGGCGGCCCCUCCAAGGGUGCCGACGCAACCACGAGAGAUCUGCCGACAGCGCCAGCGGCGCUGCCUGUGAACAUGCCCAAGGAGGCACCCGCAACAGCUGGGCCCUCUACGCCAGCGGCCGUGGAAGUUGGGCCACAGGCACAGCUAUUGCAGAACCUUCGGGGGCUUUGAACCAGUCGCGACACGACCUUCCACAAGCUGUACUCGAGCUACUGGAUGCACAAACCAGCCUGGACCACAAAGCGGAGAGCAGAGUCCUGCACAAGCUUGUGAGUUCGCAGGCGAAUGCCAAGACGGAGCUCCAACAGGUGGGCAGGACGAGGCAGGCCUACCUGACUCAGUGGGCCCAGUACAUGCAGCAGCUGGGCGCCACCUGGGAAAAGAGCUUGGCGGAGAAAGAGGCCAUGCUAGCCUCUUUGGACGAAGCGGAGGCCAAAUGGACCGCACAGCUCAACGAGACCACGCAGGAGCUCGCCAAGCAGACCUCGAGCCGUACGGAAGGGACGGUCGAGAUCGGGGAUUCCAGCGACGAGAUGGAAGCCGUGGAUGCCAUGAUCACGGAUGCUGCGCAACUCGAGCUAGAAAGAGCUCGGGCAAGAGAGCUCCUGCGAGCUCAAGAGACGAAGCUAUCCGCGAGCCUAGCGGAGGCGGUCAGAGUGGCGCAGGAGCAGCUGUCCGCCAGCUCCGAGAGGGAGCGCUUGCCAAGACGCAGAUCGAAGACGAAGGAGGAGCCUACGGAGCCGCCGUCCGACACGGCGCACCCUGGGAAGGCGCUGAGACACUCGGUCUGCGGGGAGGAUGACUUUGUCCCCGCUCAGAUGGCAAGUGUCCUUGGACUUCGCCGUGAAUAUGAAGUAGCCGUGGAAGCUCUUGGGUUCGAGCUUACACUUGAAUGCGAUGCACGCAUUCUUGCCCUGACCUAUUCCGGACAAGGUGAGGCCUCAGGACAGGAUGUGAUGCAGAGACGCGAGACCGCAUUUUCGUCAGGCUGUGACCCAGGGCUCGGCGCAGCUGCAGACCGGAGUACUCAGCAUGCGCUCUCGUCCACUUUCCAGAAGACCAGUGGCCACAUGGGUGACGCGGACACUGGUUCUGACGCAGUGGGCGAAGCGCAACGUGCGCCGCUCUCACCUCCGAACCCGGAGGUUGACACUGCCUGCAAGCACUCCCUGUCGCAGCAUGUGCGGGAUGAGCCCAGCACUGCACCUGUCCACCUGCCGAGGCCCACUUUACAUCCACCACAGCGUGUGCCGCCUGUUGCGUGCACCGCAGCCUGCGAAUCUCGCAUGCUGCCUUGCGAGACCAAGGAUCAAGGGACUUCCUUACCGACGGCGGUUCCCAAGGUACUCCCUCCAGGACAGCCCAGCCCUGAGGUGACACCAGGACUUCUUGGAAAAAUGGGCCCCGCUCGACCUUCUGACCUCAGCAAGCUGGGGCUCAACCGGAUCAAUUUCCUCCCAGAGUACCUUGGUCGAUACCCAGUCAACGAAAUACCGGUCGACCAGCUUGGGCUUUUCGCCCUCGAGCCGAGCCCUGCCAGGCGCUUGCUCAAGUACUCUGUCUUUGACAGGCAGCGACACCACUCUCAACGCACUGCGGCUUACGGAUGGUCCCUCAAUGACCUUGUUUCAGAGGCCAUUCGUUCCGCAGACGAGCCGAUCAAGAUUGUUCAGCUGAUCACGAAUCACAUGCCUAACCUAGCGGUGCCGCAGCUGGUGCUUACGCCAGCAGACGCAGCCCCGGGCGAGCUAUGUGUCCCUCUGGACCUUCGGCCCGUCGGGGGUCGACCGUGCACGCUUUUGCUCAGAGGAGGCAUGCAGGCAGGUGAGGUCGUUGAUGCAGCCAUAGGCCGAUGUCCUUGGGGUCCUGCAGCGGCCCAUACUCUGCCAAUUGGGCUAUGGACAGUUACCACCACGCACACAAUUGGCCUUGAGAGAGUCGAGCUCGUCUCUAUGGUGCUUGUGGGGCUAGGCAUCACCAUUAGGCUGCACCCGCAGCCCUUGAGCCAACCCAACGUGGCAAGCUCAAUUGCUGACCUUAUCAUGGCCAUUGCCCGACAAAGGCGACUGCCACAGCGCUCUCGGAUUGUCAUUGCCUCGGCACAGCCUCACCCCAGACAGCUGCAACAUGUUACGAUCGUCUUCACGCUGUUCCCUGAGGACGAUCGAAUCCAUGUAGUCCUUGACCCCUCAGCUGAUGGAUCCAUGGUGGGGUCCGUCUCUCUGGAUGCCCGCUCCAGGCCGGAGGAAUUGGUUGGUGAUGCACAGGCCAGGCAAGGCUACGUUGCAGCAAUCAACGGUGUCACCCAAGCAGCGGUUCGGCGAAACCUUUGCACCGGUGACUACGCACAGGUCAUCCAACGGCCCAAAGAGCAUAGGGUUGCGCCAACCGACUGGCUCUACCAACUGUUGCCCGAUCUGCGCUGCUUUGCCUUCCCCAUUGAGGUCCCGCGCUUGCAGCGAGCCACGGCUGAGCCCCUCAAUCAGCUAGUGCAGACACAGGUCAGGGAUGCGUUCCUGCGAUACCUCCAGACCAGACUUGCGCAGCAGGCGGAUGCAAUGGGACGGCCAGCAGCCGACACGCAACCGGUUUUUGUCCAGGGCCCCAACCAUGCGCCGGCCCUGCUAUAUGUGCCGGGCAGGAUUACCCCCAUCCUCCAGGAGGCUAUGGAGGCGAUGACAGCCACGGGGUUGUUCGCACAUGGCACAACUUUUGCAGAUACCUGCGAGCUCACUCACCAACAUGCGCCUCUGUUCCUGUCGAUCCCACCCGGGACCACCAACUUGGGCCUGGUGCCAGCUCCUACUUUCCAUGGCUGCCGCCUGGAACGCAGCCACAGGCUCUUGACCUCCCAGUCCGGCGGGGCUUUCACCUGGUGUUUCCGCCGCAUGUUCGGCAAGGCUCUGCUCUCCGCCACAAGCGCACUGACCUACAGGAUGAAUGCGGCUGCGUUCGGGGCCGCCAGUCCUUUGCAGUCGGGCUGCAACUCCCUGGCUCAGGGACCUGCACGGACCUCUGCUGCCCAUGAUCUGGCCAUGCCUCCUCAGCCGUGCACCCUCUACUUGGACCGGUUGAUUGCCUCCCCGCCAGCUGCCAUCACUUGGGGUGUCAACCAGGACAUUGCUGAGGCGACGUUUGCGGCACAUAGCCUAGCGUCUUUUGCAGUUGAGCCACAGGCUUUUGGGGUCACUGACUCUACUGCACUAAGCCACUGGCUUACCCUUCCUGAAUGGGACCCUGGGACCCGAUGCGAUGAACUUUUUCUCUUCACAGACGGAUCCUUUUUCCCGGGAGGCACAGGCUCUACAUGGGCCGUGUCUGUCGUUGCACGGCAGGGAUGGCGCAUUGUCCGCGUUGGGGCCGGUGCUGGCACGUGGCAAUCCUGCAUGCUCUCUGCGUGGCAGCUGCCACCGGUUGCCCUCAGGUCCACAUCGGGCGCCUUCAAUGAUUUAUCUGACCAGAUCGCCAAGGCGGUAGGCCGACUUGGGGAACCCGCUCACCUGGACUCCACCUUUGAAGCCUUAUGGGCGGCUAUAGACGAGAGGGUAGUCGAUGCCCUAUGGCUGGUGCCGCGGCACCCUGCCAUUGACGCGCGCAUGCCGCCGCUGCAGCCAAACGGGACCUGGACGGCGGCCAGCUGCGCCAUUGCAUCCAAACUCCCCUGCCGACCCUUUUGCAUGACCCAGAGCGUGCGAGAGGCCAAGCCCAUCUCGGUCUGCUGGCGCUUGCUACAGUACAAUGCCCUCUCACUCAAGGCCCCAGGUGCCCUGGAGUUGAUUGAGAAAGGCCUGAACAAGGCAAGGGUCGAUAUCGCUGGGAUCCAAGAAACUGGACUCCACAGGGACGGCAUCUCUACCACGGGUGCAUUCUGGGUCCUGAGCGGUUCCUGUUCAGAUUCGGGCCAAGGGGGCACACAGAUCUGGGUCAGAAAAACAGAUCGAUGGGACCCUAAGGCCUUCUCAAUCCUGCAUUGCGAGCCGCAGAUCUUGAUUGUCUUGGGGCAGUACCAAGAGGCCCGCGUCCUCUUGGUGUCCGCACAUGCAAUGACGGCGACGACCCCUGCAGACAAACUCCAGGACUGGUGGCAACAUUUGGGGGUCGUGCUACACCGCACUCCCUCCAAAUGCCUCCCAAUCUUCUUCUUGGACGCUAAUGCUACAUUCCAGAGACACCCCGAUGAUCCCGACACCCUGGCUGCCCAACCGGCAUAUCCCGAUGGAGAGCCGGUGGUCACCUGGAUCAGUCCGGCUGGAGUCAAGAAGGCCAUUGACUACAUCGCCUUCCCCACCGCUUGGCAAUCCUGCUGCACCCUGCUGCAAUCGCCGAAGCUUGGCGACCUAUACGAGGACAUCGACCACCAGCCGCUCCUCCUGCGGAUCGAGCUCACGCUGGAUGGGUCUCCCAGGGGCCAGCGGUGUACGAUAGAUCCACGCCUUUGGCAGGACGAUGGCGCCAGCGCACUGGUCACCACAGCAGCCAUCACCUGUCCUGUCGUCCAAUGGUCUGAACAAGGUGUACCCGACGUGCACAGAGUGUGGCUGACAGAGCUUACCUGGAAGCAGCUACGCGCCGCACUCUGGGCGGACAGGGCCGACUUCACACGGCGCAUGCUGCAGCAAGCCCGAUCGGAUGGGCCAGCCGCUUUCGCCCACAGACUGCGGGCUAUCCUCCGAACGGGUCGCCGCUACAAGCCGUUUGCCUUGCUGCCGAGCCUCUCGGAUGUCCAGGCCCCGGCGGCCCCACUCCGCGGACAGUCCCUCCCUUCCUUGGUGUUCCGAACGGACCCCCCCGGAGGCAUUGCAAUCGCAGUGCCAAAGCCAGGCAAACCGCAUACGGCUCACAACGGGUUCAGGUCCAUCGUUCUCCUGGAAUGUGACAAUAAAGCCUGCCAGACUGCCCACCGGGACAGCUUGCUCAGCCUCCUGCCCACUUUGGGCACUGCCGAUCAGUUUGGCGGCAGGCCAGGGGUUCCCCUCAGCCACCCGGCCUCCUUUGUCAAGGCGCACCUUCUCCAGCUCCGCCGCACCGGGGCGUCGGGGGCCAUCCUGUUCAUAGACGCCACUGCAGCCUACUACACCAUCACCAGAGAUUUCCUGUCCCUCACGAAGCAGCAGCGCUGCGAUGAUGCAUUCCUCCGCCGCCGGGCAGCCAUGCUCUUCACUGAGCCCGACUUACAGGAGCGAUUUGUGGCAAUGGCUCGUGAGGACAUGGCUGCCGCCGCUUUUGCCGACCAUGAGGAGCUGCGGAUCUACGUCCAAAAGCAGCUUGAGCUUACCUGGUAUGUCAGUCGCCAUGAUGCGGACUCCGCCUUCGUCGCGGGAAGUGGCACGGUUCCUGGAGCGCCACUUGCGGACCUCCUUUUCUCCAUCAUCUUCGGGGGCAUACUCCGCCGCACCAGGGAGUUCCUCAUCUCAGCAGGAUACCAUGCCAGCCUUACCCGCGCUGAUGCCUCCAAGCCUGGCUUUACGCCGACUUGGGCGGACGACGUGAGUAUCCUGGUGCGAACGACGGCUGCCAGCCAGGUUACCACUGCCGUGUCCCAGGCCAUGGAGUUCUUCACCGAAGAGCUGCUGGCGGCAGGCAUGAGCGCCAACCAUGGGAUGGGGAAAACCGAGGCGUUGGUGGCCCUACACGGGGCAGGGUCCAGACAGGCCCGACGUGAUCUGCUGGGCACCGAGUCACCGCAGAUAGAGUUUGCCACACGCCAUGGCCCCGCUCAUAUUCGCCUGGUCCAGACCUACCCUUAUCUAGGGUUUCUGGCACAAGCCGACAAUCAAGCUCUGCCAGACAUACUCCGGCGAAAAAGCCUGGCACGUGAGGUAUAUCUGCCGGUGAGGAUCUUGCGCAAUCCGGCGCUUAGCUUCUCCGAAAAGCAGCUGGUGCUAAAAAGCCGCGUGAUCAGCCGAUUUUUGUAUGGCUCGGGGCUAUGGACCAUACGGACUCGGAGGGAAUCCGAUGCGGUGGCCGAGGCUCUCCACAGCUUCUACAGAGGCGCGUUCCAGCCGCUGGUCGGCAUCUCGAGCCGGGGCUACUCUAGCCUUGAAAUUGCCGGCAUCCUGGAGCUUCCUCUUCCGGAGGAGCUCCUUCACGUCGAGCGGACUCGGGUUAUCUGUCAGCUCGCCAGAGCAGCUCACCAUGACGUCCUGACGGAGUUCCACCUGGACUCCACAUGGUGGUCGGAUGCCUGCACUGCCCUACAGGCUGUCGGUAUCCACAAGGCAAGCACUGAUGACUUUGCGGAAAUCAUCCGCUCUGCCAGCAUGGAUAAUGCCAAGGUGAAGGCGGCCUGCAGGCGCUACCUUGCCACAGCCGUUCAGGGACGAGCCGUUGACCGCACAACUCUCCGACAAAGGCCACCCUGCGAGGGUGUCGAGGUGACGGCGGCCAGCAGCACCCUCCUGCCCUGGCACUGCGACCACUGCCAAUGUGCUUUCUCUACCCACAAGGCUGUGGGAGCGCAUA